CAAUUGCCAACGCUUCUUCCACUUGGAGGACAGGCUUCGGAGGCUAAGCGCAAGAAGAGGGACGCAACACGAACCAUGGCUGCGUUAGUGACCGUUUAUCUAGUGUCAAACACCCUCAACCUUCUGCUCACCAUUAUGGAAUUUAUUGAUGCCGACUUUUUAAGGGAAUUGGCAAAAGGUCUCGUUUAUCGGUGA